AUGGCGUUCGAUGGUACUUGGAAGAUAGACCGAAACGAGAACUAUGAAAAGUUCAUGGAAAAAAUGGGUAUUAAUGUGGUGAAAAGGAAGCUUGCAUCUCAUGACAAUUUGAAACUGACAAUUACACAAGAAGGAAAUAAAUUCACAGUCAAAGAAUCAAGCACUUUUCGAAACAUUGAAGUUGUGUUUGAGCUUGGUGUCCCUUUUAAUUAUAGCCUCGCAGAUGGAACUGAACUCACUGGGACUUGGAGCCUAGAGGGAAAUAAACUUGUUGGAAAAUUCAAACGGGUGGACAAUGGAAAUGAACUAAAUACUGUCCGAGAAAUUGUAGGUGGUGAAAUGGUCCAGACUUAUGUAUAUGAAGGAGUGGAAGCCAAGAGGAUCUUCAAAAAGGAGUGA